AUGAUACGAAGCUAUCGAUCAAAACGUCGCAAAAUUCAAGAAGAACUAGAAUUUCUCAAUAAUAAUCGACCAACUAUUUUAAAUUCUGUUAAACCAUUAAAUGAACCAGUUCUUGAUACAAAUAAUGUACUAAAAAGUUCAUCUGUUCCUUCUUCUAAUUUAACGAAGUCAAAUGUUUUGGACUCUGGUGAAAAUUAUAUUUUUGACACAAAACAAAAAAAUAAUAUUUUCAUUGAAAAUCCAAUUGUAAAUCAAUGUGUUGAAUCUACCUAUGAUAUUACUAAUAAUGUUGGAACCAGCCCCACCACAUAUAAUUUUAAAAACGAUUCUGAAAGAUUAAAAUUAAAUUUAGCAAACUGGGCAAUUGAACGUAAUGUUGCACAAAAUACAGUGAAUGAUCUUUUAUCAAUUUUAAAACAACACAAAUGUUUUGAAGAAAUUCCAAGUGAUUGUAGGACAUUAUUAAGUUCUAGUUCAUCAAAAACAAAAGAUAUCAGGGUUGUUAAUCCAGGGAAUUAUUAUCACUUUGGCUUAAAAAGAGGAAUUGAAAAUACUUUAAAGCGUGUCAGGAUUGAAGGUAACAUUAAAGUAGUUGUUGGAAUAGAUGGCUUACCAUUAUCAAAAAGUAGUUCUAGCCAAUUCUGGCCCAUUUUAGCAUACCUAGACCCAUACAAAGGGUAUAUAUUUUUGAUUGGUCUAUACCAUGGACAUAAAAAACCAGCAGAUAGCAAUGAUUUUUUAAGAAAUUUUAUAGAAGAAGCAGAAGAUUUAGUUAGAAAUGGCAUUUAUUUAGAUAAUAAAAUAAGAACAGUUUCUAUACAUUCAAUUUGUGCUGACGCCCCGGCAAAAAGUUUCAUUAUGAAAAUCAAAGGACAUACUGGUUAUUUUUCCUGCACCAGGUGUCUUGCAGAGGGUGAACAUGUCGGAAGUACUUGUUUUCCAUUUAAAAAAAGUAAUUGUAGAGAAAGAACACAUGAAGGUUAUAUUAACAAAAGUCAAGAAGAACACCAUGUAGGUGAUUCAUUAUCUGAUUUGAUACGUAUUCCGGGUUUUGACAUGGUAAAAUCAUUUCCCUUAGAUUAUAUGCACCUAGUGGCAUUAGGAGUUAUGAGGAAACUUAUUCAUUUUUGGUUGCAUAAAGGUCCUUUGACUGUACGUUUACCAAGUUGGAAAAUUAAAAAAAUUAGUACAAAUUUAAUGUUUCUUAAAUCUGCAAUAACUAAUGAUUUUGUACGAAAACCAAGACUAAUUCAAGAUGUUAGUCAUUGGAAGGCUACCGAGCUUCGUCAGUUCUUAAUUUAUACCGGACCACUUGCCUUGAAAAAUGUACUUAAUGAUAAAGUUUAUAAUCAUUUUAUGGUUCUGAAUAUUGCAAUGACUAUUUUAUUGAGUCCAAAUAUUGAUGAAAAAUUAUUGAAUUAUUCUGAUAAACUCUUAAAGCAUUUUGUUAAAAAAUUUGAAGAAAUUUAUGGUUCAAAAUAUAUAUCACAUAAUGUUCAUGGAUUGUUACACAUAUCUCAAGAUUAUAAACGCUAUGGGUCUCUUGAUUUUUGUUGUUGUUUUCCGUUUGAAAAUCAUAUGAAAAUUUUAAAAAAAAUGGUAAGGAAACAUCACAAGCCUCUUGAGCAAGUGGUUCGGCGAUAUGAUGAACAAAUAAAAAAUCUCAUAGUGGAAUCUAAAAGUGAGCUACACAACAGAAAUAUAAUUUUAAAUUAUGAGCAUAGUAAUGGUCCUUUGCUGGAAACUGCAUGUGGUCCUCAAUAUUUGAAAAUUACAUUAAAUACUAAAAUGAUUAUAAAUAUACGAAGUUCAUCCGACAUACAUGUAUUAACUAAGGCUAUGGAAGUAGUUAAAAUAAUUAAUAUUGCACAUUGUAUUUUAACUAAAGAACCUAUAAUAAUUGGAUAUUAUUAUAAAAAUAAAGAAUCAUUCUAUGACAAACCAAUUAAUUCAGAAAAAUUAGAUAUUUACAUUGUGAACAAUUUAUCUAAUAAUUUAAAAUGUUGGAAAAUAACAGAUAUUCAUAGAAAAAUUAUCUUAUUUUCUUUUGAAAACCAGCAAGUUACAUUUCCAAUAUUACAUUCAGAAUGUUAA